AUGCCAGCACAGUCAACAGAGGAAGUUGACUGGAAUAACCAGGAUCCUGCAACUGUUAUAUACAAGAUUGGAAUUUAUGGAUGGAGAAAGCGGUGCAUUUACUUCCUCAUACUCCUGAUUAUGGUCAUCACCAUCAUCAAUCUUUCUCUCGUCAUUUGGGUCAUGAGAGUUAUGGACUUCAACCUGGUAAAUUAAAUUCAGCUGUCUACAGUAGAACACUGUAAAUUUUAACUGAACAAAUCAAACUUAUAUUAAUUUGCCCUGACUCAAUUGUCAGUUAAUUAUAAAGUGGAAACUUGGACUUCCCUAGAAUUGUUUUUCUUUUCCAUUGAAAGGUUUUGAUCAGUUUAUAGGUAUGGUUCUAGAUUUUACAGUCAACUAUUGUCAUUGCAGACACCUAAGGACUUCAAGCUCCUGGGGGGCAUAUAGAUCGUUUUCACUGUCAUGCAACAAAAAAAUAAAUUGGAAACCGUCCAGCAGAAGAAGACAAGAAAAAUGUUAUAAAAGACUAAUUUAUAAACAAUUUGUCUAAGUCUGAGGUCUUUGAGGUCCACAGUUUCUGAGUUAUUUGCGGAAACAUUUUACUCAACUUUUUAGAGCUUUGUAAGGAGACACCAUAUUGGUGUGUUGUUUAGGUGCACCAAUAUGGCUGCUGGAAAUCAAUAAAAACAUUUGGUGUUCAUUUUUUCUAAAAAAGCUCUUUCUUUUCACUCGAGAACUAGCAUACGUGUGCAUAAACAUACCUUCUAAUACUUGAAGAAAUGGUUAUACAGUCAACUCUCUGUAAGACGGCCACCUUUGGGGCCAGCACUAAGUGUCCAUCUUAGAGAGAUGUCCAACUUAUAGACAGUCAAAUAAAGGGAGUAAAGAAAGGCAGGGACCAACUCUAGGUGUCCAUUUUAUGGAGGUGUCCGUGAAAUGAUUUUACGAGACAGCAUUCCUAGUUUGGUGUCAUGCACUGUGAAAACUUAGAAGUUUCUGUAUUUUCGAAAUGAAACGUGCUACGGGAAUGGAAACUUGUGCAAAGAUUUAUUUUUUGUUUAUGUCUUCAACCCAGUGUAAAUAAGAAUUCAUAAAACCUCGCUAUUUUGACUUAACAAUUUGAUGACAUCACUGUGAAAACCAUCUAUAGAUACAUGUAUCAGAGAGUCUGGGUCUAGAAUAGGGUAUCAUUUUAGGCCUUUUUUAUGGAGGAAAGUUGUCCCAAGUAGAAGGGUCACCCUCUCAGCAGGGCUUCUGAUAUUUGGCACGGUCAAGGAGCCACGAAAUUCAGGUAAAUCCUCAAAAUACAGCAAAAGUCUCUAGCAAUCUCAUCAAAUACAUGUCUGUUCAACAUCUCAGCUACUGGGGUUGUUUACUUGCCGUAAACGUGCAAAUUUAUCUUGAAACCUCAUCACUAAAAUGAGCAAACAAUGUUCAAAAACUACCAGGCGUAGAUUAUGUUGCAGAAAAUUGGGCACUAGCCAUGAUGUCGAAAGAACAAACUAUGACCUCUGUAAAGAAAACGAUAAAAACACUGGUCUGAUCAGCGCAAAAACGAUCGAUUCCUAGAGAAAUCUGCUCUGAAAAUUCCCAUAAAAUUGGCCUUUUUUUAUAGAUUGUUUUUCAGUGAAGUUUGUCGCAUAAAUUCACGCAAAAUUCCCCUGAAAUCGGGAGGUGUUUUUACAAAUUUGUCCCUGAAAAUCCUGCAAAAUUUGACUUUUUUUUCCGUGACCUACAUGUAUCAGAAGCCCUGUCUCAGCUGAAUCCUUCAAUUUUAACAGGCCAAACACUAUUAGCGCUUGCGCUUUGUCUGAUUGCCUAAAACAGCAUUCUAAAACUGUACAGUACAUGUAAUUGUGCAUGCUCUGAUUGUCUCACCUUGGUUGAGUUGACCCAGCUCUGUAAGCCUACACUGUAAGUGUUUAUUUGACUUCAAGUUACAUUUUUUUAACCUAGGUGGAUUGUCAGUUUCCUAGCCCUGUUAUUCAUGAAUUAGACAAAGGAAUAAACAAAGGAAUUGAGAAUCAACUGGAUAAAUCAAAAUUAACCUAAAAACCAAUUUAAUUUUUUGUGUAACAUUUAUAUUAAGAAAAGUUGGCCCAGCUGGGAGGUUGACCCUACAAUCACUAAAAGGUGACCUGGCUUUACAGUAAGCAGGGUCACUUCUAGCCAAACCAACUUUGUGUUUCUCAUGAACGGUUUGCCUUGAAGGUAAAAAUGGAAGUGUAAUAAAAGUUUGGUCCCCCGGGGUAGCUUGGGUAGGAAGGUGACCCUUCUUCCCAGACAAGUUUUCUCUAUACAAAUGGGGCCUAAAUCUACAAAAUUAAUGUAAAUCUAGGAAUAGCGUUGACAUGUUAUGGUCAACCCCCUUUUUCCUUUGCCCUCAAUGAUGGCCUCGAGCUUGGACAAUUCCACCCAAGAAAACAUUUCAAAACGACAUUGGAAGAGAGAAAGACAUUUAUCAAAGCAGUGUGACCCAAGUUGAGUGUCAGAGAUUGUAGGCUUCCUACAUGUAGGUAAAUGAGGAAUUGAUACUUAUAAAAUAAAGGAUAGAGUAUGGAAGGAUAGAGUAGCAAUAGUCAGCUGAACCAGGAUAGACUGGUAUCAAGUCUAAGGGUGGUAGGGUCCCCCCCCCAUCCCCUCUAGUUACUGUCCCUAAUAGAAGGUGUCCAUAAUUAGUGUGGGAGUGUUUUUUAUUCAUAGGUCUGUAAUUUAACUAGUAUUCAGCUGCUGUCCAUAGUACAGACUUAUCACACUGUCUGUUGUAGUGAGGUGUCUUUGUACUCUUCGGAUUCUCCUUUACUCGCAUUAUAUAUGUAGAUUAUGGUGCAAACGUACAUGUAAUGUGCAGUGUUCGUUUCCCGCCUUGCAUUUUUUGUGGGGGUGUUGUAAGUUUAAAUGUUCGUGCAUUGUUAAAUAUGAUAUAAGAGUUUUUAAAUAAUAAUGAAAUUAUCAAUCAUUUUUAGGAUGGUAUGGGCAAGCUAAGAAUAACUGAUCAAGGCUUAAAACUUUACCAUGGUGAAGCAGAGUUUGUGAAUGAAUUACGAGCAAAGUUGAUACGGCCCAGUCAGGUUUGAUAAUUAUUCUCUUCUUUGAUCUAGUAUAAGCAUGAAAUAAAAAUAACAUAACAUUUUCCAUCAGCUUUCUGUACAUUCCAGUUUAUUUUCAGAAUAGAGUUUUCUGUUGUCACAUUUUGAAUAAAAUCUGUUUAAGUGGUACUUGUACAUAUGUAGCUAUAACAACCGCUUCUCAAUCAGUUAUUUGAUUGGUUUGGUUGUUUACAUUGUAAUAAUAAUGCCAGCACAAAUGAAUAGAUACAAUGUAUUUAUUGUGAUUAUUUUUUGUAAAGAAUGCAUUGAGUUGAUAAAUAAAGAAAUAAAAUAAUUUGGGAAAAGCUGAGUACAGGUGCAUGUAGUCAAACUUACAAAGCUAUGAAAGACUACAUGUAACAACAAAGAACAUGCUCCCAAAAAAACAAUUCCUUGCUUUGCUAGUUUCCUCGUGCAGCAAGGUUAAUAAAUCUGUUGGAAUUUGCAUUGCACAUGGCUAAAUUAAUUAUAUAGAUAUUUUUUUUAUAUUUUUACCAACUCCAUGAAGUUAAUGAUAUUUCAAUUUACUUUUUGCUUUCAGAAUUCUGAGCUAACACUUCAGUCAACAGCAAAUGUGACAGUAAAUGCUCGCUCCGAGUAUGGGAACAUCACUGGACAACUUUUUAUAGGAAAUGAUGAAGUCGUUGCCCGAAAUCAGAAACUCUACAUUAAAACAGAUCAAGGAAAAGAUAUCUUAUAUGCUGACAAAGAUAAAAUCCUCUUUGCUUCUGAUAAACUUGAAUUUUCAAGUAAGUACAUGUAUUUUUAUUUAUUCCAUUAAGGCAUCGCAGUUAUAUAGAUUAUGCAACUUUUGCUGUUACGAAAAGAAGGCCUGAAAAAAUUUCAGGCUUGUACGAGUACAGCACGGGUAUCACUGAGUUCAAAGGUUCGAAUCCCAUACAAGCCUGAAUUUUUUUCACAGCUGCAAAAGUUGCUUAUAUAACUGUGAUGACAUAUAUUAUAAUUUUCAUAUAUUCAUAACUUCAUCAUCAUCCUUUCCCGGGUUACUUUAUAUAUAAUGAAACCAAUUCAACAGCCUGCUGCCAGUUGGCUUGUUAGCUUAUGUGUAACUGUUAUCGCAGAGGUCAAGGGUUCGAAUCCCAUACAAGCCUGAAGUUUUCCAGGCUUUCUUUUUGCAACUGCAAAAGUUGCUUUUAUAACUGCGAUGAUCUUCCUUGUUCAUAAUUCUUCACUCCGCAGUUCACAUGUUACUGUUAUUUCCUUGUUUCAGUCUUUUUUAAUUUUUUAGUUUAUUUUUACUUUAAAAUGCAAAAUAGCCCUAGAUAGUAGUAUACAUUGGUAAGGGUAAAAAAUCCUCUGUUGCACUGAUCCAAGUUCAUCUCAUUUGCGCUUGUGAUUGGUUGUUUCCAAUGUGUUUGAUCUUCCAUCCACCACCUCUUCUAUCUAUUAACCUUCUCUCCCACAUCCUUGUCCUUGUAGAUAUUGAAGUUGCACGGUUUUCAUCAUGAUUAGCAAUUCUAGUAGCAGGCGACAGGUGUAACAUUGCAGGGGAAUAUUUUAAAAGAGGCUCCACAUCUGAGUAAAAAAUAGUCAUAGGCUUUUGACUGUUAGGCAGAGAAUUCUGCAGAAUAAUUGGAGAAUUAUCCAAUUUCCAAUGCCUGAUGAACAGCUUGACUUGUUUACUCAUUUAGUGAGUGUGUUUUUUCAUCUUGUAGGUCCUAAUGGAGCACAUUUUAGUGGGUCUGUUCAAACCGAAUACUUGAGAGCCCCUCCAAGGAAGGACUUGAGGUUGGCAUCUCUGACUCGUUCUCUGUACAUAGAUGCCCCUGAGGGCAUGACAUUCAGAUCUGCCGGUGGUGAUGUUGGCAUUACAAGUUUUAAAGAUGUGACAAUAAGGUCCAUUGAUGGAAUGGUAAGAUACAAGCUUAAACCAUAGUAAUAAUAAUUGCUUACCGAAAAGGUUUUUUACCUGCUUUGGCAAAGACAUUAUCUUAGAACAUAAAAUUCAAAAACUCAGAGCAAAAUUACAAACGAACGAAACAAAUAUUUUGCCAACCACAGUCUGAUCAAAGCUGCAUAAAAGUAUUGAUAAUUAAUAAUUAUUAAUAGUUAUUAUUAAUAAUAAUUAUUAAUUGAUUACGAUUGGUUACUAAUUGUAAUUUUUGUAUGCUUUUAUUUCUAAUGUAUUAUUUAUACCUACAGAUAAAGCUGGAUGGGAAGAAAAUUUCAUUCAAAAAUCUAAGAAAAGUUAACGGUGGCAGUAGUCCAGACCCAAAUGCUCGUGAAGUUUGCAUUUGUCCCAGUGGGGAAUUGGUCUUGGCGGCAGUUAGUAGCAACUGUAAUAUCAGCUGUUAAAGUAAUUAAUGCAGUGUUCUGGUUCAACAUGUCUUGCCAUAAUUGAGCAUUGUGUGCCUUGCCAAUUUAUUGAGAUCAGUUCGGUAUUAUUUAAACCUUAGUAGCAAUCAGCUUUCAGGCUUUCUUAUGCUACAUGUUUGAUCAUUUGCUCAAUCAGUGAGAUUGGUCAUUGGAAUUUAGGAGUUUGCCAUCAAAAUAUAAAUAUUACUUAACGUAUAUUGGCAAGUGUAUAAUAAAUCUGUGGGUCCAGAAUGGAGAAUCUCUGUUUUGAAGUUAGGGUUCAUAGAGUAAUAUUUGUAAGGACCAAAGUUGGAGCAAGAAAAAAAGAAUAAUAAUGUUUUUUAGUUGUGAGAAGUAACUGAAUUUAUAAGUCAGUGCUUCAAUGCGUACCACAUCAUUUUCAAGGAUUAAUAUUAAACUCUGGGGCAGAUCUAGAAUUUGUUGUAAGAGAGUUGGUAGGAGUGGCCGCUGAAAUAGGAGUAUCUAGAAGGGUCUGGACUCCAGCUCCCUUGCAAAGCUUCACUCCUCAGAAACAUGGUUUCCAACAUUCUGAAGGGCAAAUUGAAGAGUGUUAAUUGCUUAAACUCUUGUUUUAUGUUGUAGCUUUUACUAAGCUGUUUUUUUCAGCCCAAAUCAUAGAAGUUAAUUAGCUGUUUUAGUUAAGGAUGUUCGACCAAACCAUCCCUAGACCA